AUGGGCCGAGAAGACGAUUACCUUCAUGUACUAUGUCACUAUUACAUGUCUCGUCGAUUAGCCUACAUGUUCCGUGUCCUCCAAAUGUUGGCACAUUCCAAACUAACUGCUAUUACGUGGUAUGGACAGUGUGUCGCAUUUCAACCUGGUCAACUGGUACAACAUGAUGUUUGUAGAAGAUACACCUGCUCCGACUUUCACCGCUGGCCAACUGUUUACUCCGUCGAUGUCCGAGGAAGCGUGUCGGCAUGGUCUGACCCUUCAUUCUCUGAUGAAGCACGCGGACCGUCGCGGUACUCAGCUGGUGGUCAGCUCAAGCGGUGUGGACAACAUACGUUUUGA